AUGAUGAAACAGAUCCAGAGCUUCCAGGUGCGGAAGACCUACGUGGCCCGCGUGCGCGGUCGAUUCCCCGAGGGCAAGCUGACCUGUGAUGACCCCUUGACGGUGGUGAGCCACAAGACGGGGCAGCGCAGGGUGGCGGACGAACCGGACGAGCUGCCCACUGAGGGCGAACCAUCAUCAGCAGCAGCAGCGGAGGGCGCGCAGGGCAAGGUCAAGACCGCCACGACCGUCUUUGAGCGGUUCCGGUACGACGAGGAGAGCGACACGUCACUGGUCUGGUGCGUACCCGAGACCGGCCGCACGCACCAGAUCCGGGUCCACCUCCAGUCGCUGGGCCACCCCAUCCCCAACGAUCCCCUCUACGCCGGGAGGGAGAAGGGCGACGAGGGCGCCAAGGAGGAGGGCGAGUGCGCGGAGUGUCACCAGCGCGGCGUGUUCGCGGAUCCGCGCGAAGACGAGAUGUGCAUCUGGCUCCACGCCUACUCCUACGAAUGCGUCGGCCACUGGCUCUACAAAACGGAACUGCCCUCGUGGGCUGCUUGA